GGAGUUCAUGGACCUGUUGCUGAAAGAGUUGCAUUUAAACGAAACACCAAAAAAAAUAAUCGCAAGCCUUAUAUACGGGCAUUUAUUGGUUGAAAUUCAAGUUGUGUUUGAUCACGACUCUUACUUAGUCAACAGAGCCCUCAUAACAUUCUUCUUUCUUCUUUAUUCAUUGAAAUCGUUUUUCGUAGACUCCAGACUCGCUCAGGAUAAAGGCCAAGGAGGUGAUUGAUCAAGUUCAAGAUAUUUUGCUCUCAACGUCCGGAAAAUCAGAAGGUAAGACAACGUAAGGAAAGACUUCAUUCGAAACGUUUUCUUCCUGAGACCGAAAACUAUCAACAACAAUGUUUCGUUCCUUGAUGUUCAUCACCUUAUUGGUCUUCGUUUCCACUGCAGUUGCCGCUCCUGCUGCUGCUAGCAAUCCGGGGACUUGUCCCGCUGCCGGCAUCGGUACAUGCGCCGAACUUUGCUCCAGUGAUGCGGACUGCGCCUCCACUGAAAAGUGUUGCUCGAACGGAUGUGGACACCAGUGUGAGACUGCAAUUCAAGUUGUUAAUCCUGGGACUUGUCCCGCUAGUGGCAUCGGUAUAUGCAUUGAAGCUUGCUCCAGUGAUGCGGACUGCGCCUCCACUGAAAAGUGUUGCUCGAACGGAUGUGGUCACCUGUGUCAGACUGCAAUUCAAGUUAACGAUGGAUUCUGUCCUGCGGAGGUUUCAAACGCCACUGGUAAUUGUACCAGCGAUGGUGAUUGUGCGGCCAACCAGAAGUGUUGUGACAACGGAAGCAAUAAUGUGUGCGCAAACUCCACAGAUGAGAAACCGGGAAAUUGCCCUGCAAAUGACGGUGUUGGGAUCUGUAUCCAAGAUUGUAGUGGCGAUGCAGAGUGUGACGGUAAUAAAAAGUGCUGUUCCAAUGGAUGCGGGAAUGUGUGCAGGGCGCCAGUUAAACCCGGCAGUUGUCCUCAACCUGGUUUCGGGACAUGCGUCCAAGAAUGUAACGAGGAUUUCGAUUGCCCGGGUGCCAAGAGAUGUUGUGGCAACGGAUGCGGUAAUGUGUGCACCGACCCAGAAUAAAGUUCAAGUUCCUAGAUUUGUCGAGCACCGAAGAAUCCCAGUUACUUGGACUGUCUGACCGGAAACCUCUCUUUUUCCAUCUUUUAACAUGUUUAAUGGAAUACCAAUCAACCUUCACGAAUCAUUGCUUUAUUUUCUGUUAUCCAACUGGAGUUAUCGAAUCAUUUUCUUGCAACUUAAAUGUGAAUCGGGCGAUUCCAUACGUGUCGUACGGGACAUUUUGUCAACAAUUUCUAGUCUGAUUGCUUGAGCAAUGUACAAUUAUUAUUAGUCAAUAAUAAAGUUAUAGUUGGUAUCAUGUGAAAAACUGAUUACCAACCAAAAAUAUGUGAUUAUGGCUGAAUUAAGGGCGAAAAUGUUGUGUGUCGUACGGGAUUCAGAAAUGUCCCGUACGACUCGCUACAUUUUCACCUCUAAUUCACCCAUGGACAGCAUAUUUUUGUUGGUUGUUACUACCCAGUAGUACUCUAUCAUUACCACAAAACAGGUUGAAGUUCUGCGUUCGUUUGGACAAUAGUUUGAAAAAUGUUGCGAAAAUAGCUGACUUUUCUAGCAUGGAAUCGUCCAUGAGAUUUACCGCCCUUUCAAACGGUAAAAAAAAAUCGUGAUUUUAACGAUGAUUCCAGUGAAAAUAAGACUAAUGACGAAUUUUAGCACGUGUGAAACCAAACUAGAACAUGAUUAGAAUCACGAACGCCUGCAAUUAUCAUUACAGUGAUGAUUCAAGAUUCACGUGUGAAAAGGCCCGAAGUUUGUUGAAAUAAAUCAUCAGCGAGUUGAAAUUGUUCCUCUGUAACGGAAAAUGAUGAAAAUGGUUUAUUCGUAUAAUUGUUUAAUUUGAUGUCUGGUUCGAUGUCAAGCUAUCGCAAAGAUUCUAUUGACUAUAAGGGUUUGAAUUAUUUAUCGAUGAUUAUUCAGGAUGCCAGUCUGAAUAUAUUUAGUGGUAUACAACUAUUUCAUGUAUUAGAAAAAUUAUAUUACUCAAUAGAUGAUAAAUGUCAUAUUGAUUUGAUUUGAUGAACUUUCUUAUAUCUCUAUAAGCCUUCAGGAUUUCUAAAAUUAAAAUCAAUAACAAAAAUGUAACUGAAAAUCAUUUUCUCUCAUUUAGAAUAUCAGUUCCAAAAAUAAUACAGAACUGAAAGAAGUGUGUUGCUAUGGUAGUCCCAGUGACCUUUCCAUGUUUGCAUUGAUUUUUUUCUUGUUGGGGGUAUCAUAAAUAUGAUUCAAUCGUCUAAUGUGCAGAAAUAGUGAUUAAAACAAGCAGAAAUCUA